AUGUCCGCGCCGUCGAUACCAAAUUUGAAUUCACUCCGGAGAGGAGCGCUUCGCGGGCGAGGAAAGAGUCACGCAGCCGAUUCUCCCGAUGUUUGUCGAUCUGACUCACGCCGCAAACAAGUCAAUUAUGACGCGGUCAUCCAGAGUACGGACGACGAUGCUGCAACCUCUCGACAAAGUGCUGUCGACGCCGGCUAUCUAGAGGAUCCCUUUGCAGCUCUCUUACAUACCAGCGGCCCCGUUUCGAGACGGUUACCACUGAUGAAUCGAGGUACCUAUGUCAGAACCACCGGCAUCGAUCGCGUUGUAGACAAGUUCUUGUCAUCUGCUCAAGGGGGCCGCAAACAGAUUAUCUCUCUGGGUGCAGGCAGCGACACAAGAUUUUUUCGUUUGAAGCAAAAACGGCGCGAUGUCGACCUCGUUUACCAUGAACUUGACUUUGAGACAAACACCAGGAGGAAGAUCGCUCAAAUGCGCAGUCCUGCUUUUGCGGCUGCUGCGAAGGCGCAAGCGGGAGUUGAUCUGCGUGCCGAAUCUGCUGUUUCAUCUCAGGACACGUCCGUCUUGGUCACCUCUGACUAUCUCAUUCACCCCCAAGAUCUCCGCCUAUUACCAAAAAAAGAGGGACCCCUUACGGGCAUCGACGUAACGCUUCCGACUUUGAUCAUUUCGGAAUGCUGUCUCGUGUAUCUUCCGCCGGACGAUGCCGACGCCGUAUUGCGAUACUUCUUGAACCUGUUCUCGGACACGGUGCCUCUCGCUAUUGUCAUCUACGAACCGAUACGUCCGCAUGAUUCAUUUGGCAAGACGAUGAUAAGCAAUCUGGCAAGUCGAGGUUUGCAGUUACCGACUCUAGAGAGGUAUCAUGAUCUCAAGGAACAGAGAGGAAGACUGCGCACAUAUGGGUUUGGUGACGAACCACCAUGGUCCUGUGGUGGUGCGGAAGCGGCCGACAUAGACUUCAUCUGGCAGAAAUGGAUAUCUGCAGAGGAGAAGGAACGGGUGGAAGGUCUAGAGUGGAUGGAUGAGGUCGAGGAGUUUGUCCUACUAGCGAAGCAUUAUUGCGUCUCUUGGGCUUGGAGAGGGUUUGCAGCGGAAUCGCCUUGGAAAGACUUGCCUAUCCCUCCUAGGUGA